AUGGUGAAAGCCGUCGUCCUCGGUGCCGCUGGUGGCAUUGGCCAGCCAUUGUCACUUUUGUGCAAGAUCUCCUCUCUCAUCGACGAGCUUUCUCUGUUCGAUGUUGUCAAUACCCCCGGCGUCGCGGCCGAUUUGUCUCACAUCUCCUCAAUCGCUGGUGAUUUCAAGGGAGAAAAGCCCGAAACGGAAGAGGCAAAGAAGGAGGCUUUGACAGGCGCGGAUAUUGUCAUCAUUCCAGCCGGUGUUCCACGCAAGCCUGGUAUGACUAGAGACGAUCUCUUCAAGACCAACGCUGGUAUCGUCAAGGAUCUCGUUGUCGCCUGCUCCAAAUACUGCCCCAAGGCAUACAUCUGUGUCAUCUCCAACCCAGUCAACUCUACUGUCCCUAUUGCCGCUGAGGUAUUGAAGGAGGCUGGUGUCUUCGACCCCAAGAAACUCUUUGGUGUCACAACCCUUGAUGUUGUCCGUGCUCAGACCUUUGUUGGAGAGAUCAUUGGCGAGUCUGAUCCUCGCAAAUUGAUAAUUCCUGUUGUUGGUGGUCACUCGGGCAACACCAUUGUGCCUAUGUUUAGCCAGACUAAGCCUUCCGUCAGCAUCCCAGCUGACAAACUUGAUGCCCUGGUCAACCGUGUUCAAUUCGGUGGUGAUGAGGUGGUCAAGGCCAAGGACGGUCUUGGUUCCGCAACCUUGUCCAUGGCGUAUGCUGGGUUCAGAUUCGCAGAAUCUGUGCUGAAGGCUGCCAAGGGCGAGAAGGGUAUUGUCGAACCAACAUUCGUCUAUCUCCCAGGUGUUGAGGGCGGUGAUGCUAUUGUAAAGGCUACCGGAUGUGAAUACUUCUCCGUCCCUGUUGAACUUGGACCCAAUGGAGCUGAAAAGGUUAUUGACAUCCUCAACGGUGCCAAUGACUAUGAGAAGAAGCUCUUGGAUGAAGCCAUCAAGGGUCUCAAGACCAACAUCGAAGCCGGUAUUAGCUUCAUCAGGAACCCACCUAAGUAG